AGAGACGACUGGGCUGUGGAUACUGUGCUGCUCUUUUUGUCUUCAGCUCACCUUGGUCUGUGUCCCCACACCAGACCAUAGACACUCGUCUCACAGAGACAGAGACGGAAGGAUGGAUGCUUUGCUAGUGAUGGAGAUGGAAGUGUUUUGAGAAGAACCACACUAAAGACUCCCCAGACCCAUCCGGAUGCAGACCCCAGCCUCUAUGGUGAUGGGAAUUGUGUUUGCCCCUCUAGGUCUUGUCCUGGUCUUCACCGCUGCUAUCACCCCCCAGUGGAGAGAAGGACAAGCCCGUCUGGCCAUGUCCGGCCCUGGCUCCAUGCUGCGGUCAGGACUGAGAACUCAGGGGCUGGGGAUCCGCCCCGGAGCCGUGGAGGCUUUACUGUUAGUUCGGUCAGAUGGUUUAUGGGAGAGCUGUCUACAGAUGGCACCUCCAGAACUUAAACAUUGUUGGCCAGUGUCAGGGGCUUACCAGAAGGAUCCCCGGGUUCGACUGGCACAAGGGUUAACGCUCACUUCUCUUUUCCUGUGUGGGACAGGCAUCGUUUUAGCUUGUAUAGGGGUGCGCUGUUGGAAAGACUUACCACUAAGGGGUGUCGCAGCUACAGGAGGUCUACUGAUGGUCUUGGCCAGUCUUCUGAGUGUGACUGCACUGUCUGUGUACACUCACAACCUCAGCCGCCUCGGACUGCAGGGCCACAGCUACAACAGGCACACCCAGCUCAGCCUGGGCCCCGCUGGCUCACUCUACUUUGGCUGGUUGGGCUCGUGCUUACAGAUGUUGGGGGGAGUAGCUCUCAUGUUCAGCUUAAAACGACCCAAAUGCCCCACAUGCCCUGCCUGUCCUGAGCUGCCCGCAUGCACCUGUCCCGAGAACAACAACAAGGCCAACAUGGACAUCUAUGAAGUCAGCUGUUAGGUUUAGGGUUCAACUAUUUUGUUGUUAUGAUGUACAAAUAGACCAAGACCAGAUACAAAUAGAUUAUUCAGAAUAAAAACUACAAUGUCAACACAGUGAGGUGUUUUGAUGGGUGCAUUUUACUUUUGCGCUCAAGGGUUCAUGGGAAUUUUCCAGUCCAGGAGCCAAGUGCAAGUCCAUCCUGACGUAACAUAGCGAGUGAAGAGCAAUUGUAGCUGUGCCUGCUCCUCUGCGUUCAUGAUAAAACACAGGACUCUGUCAUUGACUGGAUACACACUGGAUAGUUCAGCUCCAAAGGAGUUACAGUUCUAAUAUGUUAGAAGAAACUGCAUAAUGCUAGAUGUCAAAAGUUACAUGCAAAGAAAGGAAAAGGAGAACAUAUGUAUAACUGUAGCUCUGUCUGUCUCUAUCUGUUAUUUGCGUACGUGCACAGCGUUGUAAAUGAAUGUUAGAUGAUGUGUUGUUGUCAGACCUUGUAACAAUAAAUCUGCUUCUGUGACUGCUGUAGCUACACUCAGGCUUUGUAAGAGCCGUGUGCUUCAUUCCUAUGUGCAGAACUGCCACAAACAGCAGCUGAACUUCCGUCUUGUUUAGUUUUGCUUUGGUCUUGGUCCAUGUUUGGUCUGUGCAUGUCGCAGCCAUUCUAAUCCUGUUCUGAAAUGGAAAAUCCAAAAUCAUCAAAUUACAUGUUUCCUGUUUCCCAACCUC